CGGGAAGGUGGUGGUGGUGGCGGCGGCAGUAGCAGCGGCAGCAGCAGCGGCAGGGGCAGUGCCGGUGGCAGCGAACGGGGUCGGCGCUCGUUGUGGGCCGCUUGUUGGGGUAGCUUAGUGAGCGGGCGCGCGGAGGCUGCGGCUGGGUGGCCCGAGGGCCGGGGCCGCGCCGGGCCGUGCCGGGCCAAGCCGAGUCGAGCCGGGGGUGCCUGAGCGCGGCGGCGACGGCUGACAGGCGAGCGGGUGGUGCGCUGUGCGGGGUCCGGGCGCAGCGCCGCCCGGCUCCCUCCCUCUCCUCCCCGCCGCGGCCAUGGCGGCCAGCGCGAAGCGGAAGCAGGAGGAGAAGCACCUGAAGAUGCUGCGGGACAUGACCGGCCUCGCGCACAACCGCAAGUGCUUCGACUGUGACCAGCGGGGCCCCACCUACGUGAACAUGACCGUGGGCUCCUUCGUGUGUACCUCUUGCUCCGGCAGCCUGCGAGGUUUAAAUCCGCCGCAUAGGGUGAAGUCCAUCUCUAUGACAACAUUCACACAACAAGAAAUUGAAUUUCUGCAAAAACAUGGGAAUGAAGUGUGUAAACAAAUUUGGUUAGGAUUAUUUGAUGAUAGAUCUUCAGCAAUUCCAGACUUUAGGGACCCACAAAAAGUGAAGGAGUUUCUACAAGAAAAAUAUGAAAAGAAAAGAUGGUAUGUUCCUCCUGAACAAGCAAAAGUUGUGGCAUCUGUCCAUGCAUCUAUAUCCGGGUCCUCUGCUAGUAGUACAAGUAGCACACCUGAGGUCAAACCACUUAAAUCUCUCUUAGGAGAGACAGCACCAGCCCUGCACUUGAAUAAGGGCACACCCAGCCAAUCCCCUGUUGUAGUUCGCUCUCAAGGACAGCAGCAGCCAGAAAAGAAGCAGUUUGACCUCCUGAGUGACCUCGGCUCAGACAUUUUUGCUGCUCCAACUCCGCAGUCAACUGCUACAGCAAAUUUUGCUAACUUUGCACAUUUCAACAGUCAUACAGCUCAGAAUUCUGCAAAUGCAGAUUUUGCAAACUUUGAUGCAUUUGGACAGUCUAGUGGUUCGAGUAAUUUUGGAGGUUUCCCCACAGCAAGUCAUUCUCCUUUUCAGCCCCAACCUACAGCAUUUAGAAUGCUAACAUCCAGCUGCAGUUAUGGGGAAUUUACUUCAGCUUUUCCUCUUCACGCUGUCCACAGUGGAAGUGUGGCAUCAGUAAAUGCUAAUUUUGCCCAUUUUGAUAACUUCCCCAAAUCCUCCAGUGCUGAUUUUGGAGCCUUCAAUUCAUCCCAGAGCCAUCAAACUGCAACAGCCAUCAAUAAAGUUGUAUCGAAAAAGGCUAAUCUUCAAACAGCUGACAAAUAUGCAGCACUUGCUAAUUUAGACAAUAUCUUCAGUACUGGGCAAGGUGGUGACCAAGGAAGUGGCUUCGGUACAGUAGUUAAGGCUCCAACAGGUGCUGCUGUUUCAACACCAAGUCAGUCAAGUAUAUCGUCAGACAAGUAUGCAGCACUAGCAGAAUUAGACAGUGUUUUCAGUUCAACAGCGACUUCUAGCAAUGCAUAUACUUCUACCAGUAAUGUUAGCAGCAAUGUUUUUGGAACAGUACCAGUGGGUGCUGCUACACAGACACAAUCUGCAUCUUCAAGUGUGCCUGCUCCAUUUGGAGCUACACCUUCCACAAAUCCAUUUGUUGCUGCUCCUGGUCCUUCUGUGGCAUCUUCUACGAACCCAUUCCAGACCAACACCAGAGGAACAACGGGCCUGUCAGGAACAGUGCACUCUCACGUGUUUCCUCAUGCUCAUUUUGCGGCAACAUUUGGGACAGCAUCCAUGAGUAUGCCUACAGGAUUCGGAACACCUGCCUCCUACAGUCUUCCGACUAGCUUUAGUGGCAGUUUCCAGCAACCUACUUUUCCACCCCAAGCAGCUUUUCCUCAACAAACUGCUUUCUCUCAGCAGCCCAAUGGUGCAGGCUUUGCAGCGUUUGGACAGAGCAAGCCAGUAGUAACCCCUUUUGGUCAAGUGGCAGCUGCUGGAGUGUCUAGUAAUCCUUUUAUGGCUGGUGCACCAACAGGACAGUUUCCUACAGGAAGUUCAUCAACCAACCCUUUCUUAUAGCCUUAGAGACACUUUACUGGAACGGACUUUUAUUGUGGUCACCUAACAUCUCUCCGCCUCUUGCACUGUUGUCUCGUUUCACUGAUUUAGCUUUAAACACAAGAGAAGUCUUUAAAAAGCCUGCAUUGUGUAUUAAACACCAGGUAAAAUGUGCAAAACAGAGGGCUCUGACAACAUCUUUUAACAUGUGAAUUGGCAGAAAAGGUAGCGGUAUCAUGUAUAGUAAAAUUGGCUAAUAAGUUAUUGCAGAUGCCACGUUCAUUAUGCUGCAGUACUGUACAUAUUUUUUUUUCUUAGGAAUUAGCUAUUUGUGCAUAUCAGUAUUUGUAACUUUAACACAUUGUUGUGUGAGAAAUGUUACUGGAGAAAUAGAUCAGCCACUUUUAAGGUGCUGUCAUGUCUCGGAAUGAAUGAACUGAAUCAUUUGAUCCAUUGCUACUGGAAGUUCUGAAGUCAAGAUUGGGAGGUUUUAUUCAUCAUUUUUUUUCUUUCCUAAAGAGCUCUUCUAUUUAUACAUGCCUAAGUUCUUUAAAAUGUAGAGGGAUACCUGUCUGCAUAAUAAAGCUGAUCAUGUUUUGCUACAGUUUGCAGGUGAAAAAAUAAAUAUUAGAAAAUUU